UCAAUGAUCUGCAUAAAAUAAGUAAAAUAGCAUAUAGUUUUACUUCUCGAUACUAGUUCGUCAAUGACAUUUAGCGCCCUCAGUGACUAAAUUUUAAAACUUGUAUGUAAUAUUUGUGCGGUCAUUGACGAGAUUUAUCGUUAAUUAUACGAUUUUUAUUCGUGAUACUUUGUAAGAAUCAUUUUAAGACUAAAGUGAUGUUGUAUAAAUUAUAAAAUGGGUAAAGAAAAUGAUACAGAUAAUUCAAAAAAAAGGAGAAAAUCUAUUAGUACUAGUACUAUAACGUGGCUAAAAGAUGGAGAUAUGUAUAAGACAAUAAUCACCAAUGAAGAAAAAGAAGCCUUGGAUAGAUCAUCUGAAAGUGAUUCGCAAUGCUUCUUAAACACUUGUGAAAAUAUUCGUAAAGCUAUGAGUAAAAUAGCGAAGUUAAAAGCUAGCAGUGAUCCAAAUGCUGAGGACGAAGUACACGAAUUACAAAUUCAAACGUCAUUAGCAUUUAUCGAAUUAAAGAAACUUAAUAGAAUGGAAAAGUUUCGUACCAAAUAUGCUCGAGAUUCUUUAGUCACAGCAAAAAGUAGUGUGGAUAGCAAACAUUUACAUUUACAGAAUUUAUUGUACGAAGUCAUGCACUUAAAAAAAGAAGUUAUCAAAUGUCUCCAAUUUAAAUCUAAGGAUGAAUUGAUACAACUUGUAUCGGAAGAAGAAUUUUAUAAAGAAGCACCUGAAAGCAUUUGUAGACCUGAAAUAACAAAAGUAAAUCCACAUCAAUUAAGAUUAGCUCGUCUUGAAUGGGAAUUGACUCAACGAAAACAGCUAGCUGCUUUAUGUGAUGAAUUAACAGAAAGCAAAAAAGCAGUUACAGUUGAUAUGGAAUCCAAACAAACUAGAUUGGACAACCUUGCACCACAACUUCUGACCAUACUAGAAGCAAGUAAACCAUUGCAAGAAAGCCUUGGUCUUCCAUUAGAUAAAGUUAGACAAGAACAUCAAAAAGCAGCUUUGCUUGCAUCACCGUUAUAUGUACUUUAUGCAAAAGCAACGGCAUAUCGAGAUGCAUAUGAUAAUACAUUAAUCAUAAAAGUUGAAGGAGAUGAGGAUGAAGCAAAGCGUACAAAUAAUCAAGAUGGAUUGCAAGAAUCUGAUUCAGAUCCUGAAACUCAAUUAGAGAAUAUUGUAGAAGAGACACCUGUACACAAAAAAAGACAUCAUAGAUUAUCUAGAGAAGCUAGACAAGAGGAAAAAAGAUUAAAACUAUUGCAGAGACAUCCUUUAAAUGUAACACUUGUCAUUUCAUUGAAAAGUGAAACCAAAUUAACAUUACAAUUCUUUUAUAUGAUACAUCUAAAAGUCGUUACAGUAGAAUCUAAACUCGAAACAGAUGUUUCUGGAGGAAUUAGUGCUGGAGAUAUGCUUGUAUCAGAAUCAGUUCUUCGUGAAUUAUAUCCCAAUGAUCUGGGUAUAGAAAGCCCAAAUCCUGCCAAUCAUUACCAAUUAGCACGUCACAAUUUAGGACUAUUUUCAACAUUAGGAUUAGGUAUUCCUUAUAGAUGGGCUCAAAGAAUGGCUGGGUUGCACUUUAUUUCAGCUAACCCUCAUGAUCAAAAACUUACUGUUCAAGAAUCAACACAAGAUAGCGUUGUAAGUGUUCUGAAAGAAAUAAAAAGACGAGUAAAAGCACGAUUAGAAUUAUGUAGAGAAAUUCGUCGAUUGGAAUCAGGAAACUUACCUAUAUUUGUAAAUACUGUUGAUCCAUUGCCACAAAAAAUCACUACCAUAUUAUAUAGAUUUACUACAAUGACAUGGAAAAAUUACUCAAAUUAUGCAAACGUACCCAUAUGUCGAGAAGGAUUGGUAUCAGCUGUUGAUAUAUUUUAUGAAGCUGUAUUACGUCGUGGAAGCAGUGAACUUAUCGCUAGAAUUGCUAUAAAACCGGAUUAUCCAAAGGUAGCUGCAUUAUUUAGCAUAAGCAUAAGUCCUAUGGUCCCUGCAUCUGCAGAUAUAUUAAGAGACAUUGAACGUGAAGUAAACGUUAUGUGGACAAAACCACCCACCAUAUCAGCACAAUUACAACGUUUAAGAGCGUGUUUCGAUAUAUAUUUGGAAACAGAAAGUAUGGCACCUAAAGAAAAAAUCUUUUUUCAUCCUGUCAAAGGUCGUACCCGUGCAAGACCUUACAAAUAUUUGACCUUAGGAGGAGGAAUAUUUACUCAUCGUUAAUGAUUGCAGUAUAAAAUAUUUUUCGAUUAUUUUGUUCUAUAAAUAUUAAUAUAAAAAAAGAAUUUUUAUCAAAA